AUGACUUCAUUACACAGGAAAACAAAUGUCCUAGCCAAACUUCACAUUCAUGUCAACUUUGAGACUAAAAUAAAGCAACGGCUGGAGGCAAAGCCUGCAGAGCCCAAGCCAGAGCCCAAGCCAGAGCCCAAUCCAGAGACCAAGCCUGCAGAGCCCAAGCCAGAGUCCAAUCCAGAGACCAAGCUGGAGGCAAAGCCUGCAGAGCCCAAGCCAGAGUCCAAUCCAGAGACCAAGCUGGAGGCAAAGCCUGCAGAGCCCAAGCCAGAGUCCAAUCCAGAGACCAAGCUGGAGGCAAAGCCUGCAGAGCCCAAGCCAGAGUCCAAUCCAGAGACCAAGCUGGAGGCAAAGCCUGCAGAGCCCAAGCCAGAGCCCAAUCCAGAGACCAAGCUGGAGGCAAAGCCUGCAGAGCCCAAGCCAGAGCCCAAUCCAGAGACCAAGCUGGAGGCAAAGCCUGCAGAGCCCAAGCCAGAGCCCAAUCCAGAGACCAAGCUGGAGGCAAAGCCUGCAGAGCCCAAGCCAGAGUCCAGUCCAGAGACCAAGCUGGAGGCAAAGCCUGCAGAGCCCAAGCCAGAGCCCAAGCCAGAGCCUAAUCCAGAGACCAAGCUGGAGGCAAAGCCUGCAGAGCCCAAGCCAGAGCCCAAUCCACAGACCAAGCUGGAGGCAAAGCCUGCAGAGCCCAAGCCAGAGUCCAAUCCAGAGACCAAGCUGGAGGCAAAGCCUGCAGAGCCCAAGCCAGAGCCCAAUCCAGAGACCAAGCUGGAGGUAUGA